AUGACUGCUGCAGUUGCAGCAGGUGAAGAUCUGGAGCGAUCUAAGGUGAUUAUCGAGUGCCUCACCUUCCUGUUACAACGGCUCUUUGUUAUGGACGAAAUCCACCGCGAAAUCGAUCCUGCGGAUGCAGUGACAUCAUUUUGUACGGUUUUUGCAAAUCGCAAAUUUCUCCACCCAAGCGAUAUUUUAUGUAUGGCUGUCCUACUGCAGACUUCUCCCGAAUUUAAGAUGGCAAUAGCUGCUCAGUUUCCCCUACUCCUCCCCGUAUUCCAAAGAACCCUCGCCCAAGAUCAGUUGAAUGACUGUAUUCCAUCUCUUAUGGGUGCGUUGGCACUUGCAACGACCCGCGUAACGAUUGAACUUCGUUUGCCUUCCCCAAAUGCCAACACAGAACUGCUACGUCCUAUUGGAUUCUCAAGCGACAGGGGCGCUGACGGAUCCGCAGUCAUUCCCUGGCUCCACGAGGGCAUCUCAGAUGCCGAUGGUCUUCCAAAGGCAUCGACUUUGCAGACGAUCAUCGAUGGCAACGCCUUCGGUCUCUUCGUGUCGCUAGCGUGUGAGCUAGCAUUUUCAGACGCAUCACAGGACACCAGCGAGGCCUUCGCGUGCUUUGAGAUAUCCCAGGAAGCCCUCUCUCAAGAUAACAGCAGUGGCAGAAAAAGCCUAAAUGAGGCCUCCAAAAGUGGUUUCAUACGUGGCGUCAUUACACCCUACCUUCUCCGAGCAUUCAGGAGUUGGGAUAAGUUCACUAAUGAUGCGUCCUUCUCAAUAACUAAUGAGGUUCCGAACCAUGACUCCAAAAAAACGAUUAGCCAGUUGAUUGAUUACCUUCUGAUCCUUCUCAAAACUGUUGGCCUACAUUCUGCUCCCUUGGAAGAUGUUGCUUCCAUCCUUUCGUUGCUGCGACAGGACUGUGUGAAGAACAAAACAGCCAUAUUACUACGAACUCUAACAAAUGUAAUUCACCCGACGAAAUCUCCAGUCCUGGGUCAACCAAACGGACUGUUCUCCUGGUUUGAAUUCGAAAGUCCCACUGAUAGCCUCCUUAUUGUUCCCUCGGUGGAUGUUGAUGACCAUUCUGCCAUAAAACGCCUCAGCGAAUUCGUUUCCAGGAGUCCUGGACCAGGUAGCGAUCAGAAUCAGGCAGCAGCUAACACGGACAAUGGAUCAAUUUUUCCAGGUGCUUUGGGCUUGACCUUCUUUUUCUGGAUCUACUUCGACGCACCUUCUUCUCGGUCCACCUCCUCGAGACCUCAACGUAGUUGCCUCCUUCGAAUGCUUUCUGUUGCUGGAAACGGUCUCGAAAUCUUCCUCUCUUCCACAGGUGAACUCUUUGUAGCUACAGCACAGUCUGGAGAGUUCUGCUAUGUCUCAGUCUGCAGUCCCUCGUGCAUUCCCUGCAACAAGUGGACAGCUCUCUCCCUUGUUUUUUCAAACAGCAAAGGCUUCUUCGCAAAAUCUACUCUCACCGUCUAUGUGAAUUUUGACCGUGUAUUUGAGGGGGAAUUUCGAUAUCCCCUUAUCAAGGAAGACUUGCUUCUGUUUCACUAUGGAGGCUGUCCGCUAUGGGUAGAGGAGAUUUGCUACUCUAUGCUCACACUGAAGCUACCGCCCAAGGCAUUGGAUGCAAAGUCAACAAAGGUGAGGGGAUCCGUGCUGUUGUCCAGUCUUGGUAUCGGUAAUCGUGGCGUGACGACUAAGAAGGUUCCCGGUCUACAGCAAGUCAGCAUUGGUGGGGAGCGGCCUCUCUGGGGUCCCUUAAACGCCUUCCGUGGACGUCUUGCUUAUGCUGCCGUCUUCAACGAUCCUGCCUCUGAGGCUUUCAUCCAAUGGCUAGUUCAGGGAGGGGAGAAUACCUGCACGCUGGUGACAGAUCUCAUUCUGCGGAACCCCCAACACCCGGUUUUAUUUUAUUAUCACGCAAAAGCUGUUAAUGAUGCGAGUACAUUGUGUCUUGAUUUGGCAUUGAGUGGGAUUGGACAGUCGAGCUUGCUUACUGGAUGUGGUAUCACUUGCGAACCCUAUAAUUUGCCCGCGUACCUUCACGGGGUUGUUCGGCUCUCCUCCAGCACACUUGUUGAUUCCAUCUACCGACUGGGAGGGUUACAAUUUUUAUUGCCGUUGUUCGAUUUGAUUAGCAAACACCAGCGCGAUGUUGAUAGGACAAAGGUGCCGUCCUGUACCUUGGAUGAAUUAUUUGCAUCGAUGACGGAGUUCCGUGAAGCCCUGGGCAGCGCAGAGCAGUCCAGUACCUUGGAGGUGGAGCCACCACCGGUGUCAAAGCAGCCGGCAGCGAUGCAAGUUAUGGAUGCUAUGACGGACGAGACGCCGGAACAGACAGUCCUGUGUGCCACCAUUGAGGUCUUCCAGUUGGCCACAACUCUUCUGACAUCCUCCACACCCUUCGCCUCCUUCAACCUACCUGUGACUGGUCGUUCAACAAGUCGAGUUUCGGUUCUGUUUAAUUUCUUCAAAACUACUUUUAAAGCUGACACACGAGUCCGACUGAACUUUCUUCAUCCAAGUGUCGUUCUCGCUAUGGGACAUCUGCUUAACUCCACUGAUCCACUGCAGCUAGACGCCAACGCGGUGACUAGCUUUCACAGUAUGCUAGACUUGUGCGCGAAUUCGGUGCUCAUUGAUCUGAACAGUCGAGUUGAGGCAUCGGGUGACUUUGCAUCAUCAAGCCAGCAGGCGGAGGAGAAGCGAACAGCGCGAGAGACCUUCCGAGUGCGCUGGACCUUUCUAAUAAAGCAACUCUUUGUCGAUUGGGCCCUUUGGUCCCGGUUCUCGCCUGUUGCUACUCUUCAGCAUGUGCGGCAUCUCCUUAAGAGGGCUAAAACAAUUCGCAGCAUCUACCGCGGUCACUUCCCCAUCUUCAGACUCCUCACCGCGGCCGGUUUCUACUUUGCGCAAGCGUACAACAUCUUGAUGAAGCAUAUUCGACAAGGCCUCUACUCCAUUAUUCGCGUCCUUUACGCCAAAGACGCUUCAAAGAGCGAAUUGCGUUCGCUCUUUGCAUUCCUGGAAUCGUCUGCUCAUCCAGAUGUGAUAGCAGAGGUGAUUGUUCUCAUCUCCCAAAUCCUCAAUAACACACCACCUGGUGACGCCUUCCUCCUCUUCGCGUACGAACGGGAAAUGGUAGAGAAGAUUUACUCCGUUCUUCUCGCUCCCAACGAAAGGAUGCACAGGCCUGCAAAGGUUAAUGCCCUCAAGCUACUUUAUAAGUUGGCAGCAACAGAGAGAGUAGCUGAUAAGUACAAAUCGAAUCUCUUCUUCGGCAACUCUGGUGGAUUCCAAGGUUUCUUCGCUCAAACUGCUUCUAUUCGCGAAUUGACUUUUCACUCGGACACCUGCCAAUUGCUGCACUAUUUGAUUGGACGGACUUUUCGGAAGGACUAUGCCGGUCUUCUGCAGUAUCUUUCACUAUUGCGCAUGGGUCAACUACGCCAGCGCAUUGCAGCGGUCUCACUUCUCUUAGACUUGUUGGAAGAUGAAAAAUCCUUGCCACUCAAGGACAUUCAAAGCUUCCCAGCCUUUUAUGAAUCCCUUAUUGAUCUGCUCAUAAAUUCAAAGCGGAUAGAUACUCGAGCAAGUCUGAGCCCGGCGUCGAAUGAGUUGGAGGACAUUUGUGAGAACACAAAUGGAGAUUCGCUCUUGCUUAGUCCUCAUGGACGAAAACUACAACGUAGAUCUUCUCUGCACGUUUGUGCCCAGCAUCGCACACAAAACGCACCAUCAACAAGCUCCUUUAGUGCGUCUCUAUCCGCGGAGAUGCCGCUGGACUCGAAUGACGAUCUGCCGCCCACCCACAGCAUGGAGACUAGGUUUUCAUCCAGCGGUGUCUCCACCCCGCACGACCAUCCGCUCCUCUACGCGCUUUCACUCGAGGAGAACGACGAGGAGAGGGAGGCCCUGGAGGAGACACUGGGCGAGUUGGUUGUCAAGGCCCUCCAUCGCCUCCUCUGGCCCGGCUCUACUCUUAUCCUAGCCGCCGUGCCUAACAACGACCAAAUCGGUGAUGCCCUCUCGAAAUACUACCAAGUCUUCGUCAGCAUUUCCGACUCCACUGCUGUUUACAAGUUCAUUAAGCCAUACUUUUGGGUCGUACAACGCGUCCUCGAGGAAUUUCUAAAAUCAAUUAAUAACUGUCUACGAACUACAGUCAUAUACCACAUUUCAGGUCCAAAUUCUCAGACAUCGUGCAGUUUUCCUGGUGUGUCACCUUUCAUAAGGAUGAUUGUCGAUGAAACCUGCAAUCGUGGAGUGUCCGACGAGUCUGAGUUCCGAACGGAGCUGCUGGAUCACAUGAGUGAAUUGAUGCUGGAUCGACUACGAGUUUGGGACGUGAGUGCGCGUCCCGAAGAGAGUGUGGCGUUGGCGUUGCACUUUUUCCUCACCUGGGCAUCGCGCGGCGCCUUUACGCACAACGGGGCAGCCGCGCAGUCCUGCGCUCGCCUUCAUGACGCUAUCUGUACCUUCAAUGACAACGCCGCUUUGGAGCGAAUUAUCUUUCUCCUCUUCCGAAUCGAUAGUAUGAUUCAGGCAACAUUCAAUGGACAGUCAGAUUUAAUCAAGGACAACAGUUUAAUAUUAUCCGUAUCUCCGUCUGGCCAAUCCUUCAAAUCCAGUGAUACAGACAUGUUCCACACUGAUUCCGAAGAUAGCAGCGCCUCUACCUCCAAUCCGGAACCUUACUUCUUCUAUGCUCCACUACUUAAGGCUUUGUUGGACAAUUAUCAUGACAAGCUACAGAUCGAGCAACUGGCACCUCAUCUUCCUCAUAAAUCGGCUAAUUUUUUUACCGAGUUUCGGGAGUACUCUAUGCACUAUCCCAACGAAUGGCAUGGGUCAUUCUUGGACAGUUUUCAAAGUGAAAUGGAGACCUAUACACGAAAGCACAUAGUCAACUUAUCCACAGAGCAGAGUUUGAUGCGAGCUCUGGCAAACGAGUCUCUCAUCAAGGCGCGUCGUGAACGCUCCAAGCAAACUGUACUCGCCACCCAACGCCUUGCUGAGUACCAUCCAACUCUCACGCCUCCUGGCCACUCAGCAGAGCGCAGUCCGCCCUCCAAUAUGCUGCGAGUACCAGCACCGACGUCCAAUUUUCGCCGUGGCUCUUUCGCCUCUAGGUCGACAGCGUCCCCGGCCUCCCCCCUUGUACCUCCCGAGGGAACCUCGCAACAACUACAACAGCAGUACAAGCGUUCCCCCAUGUCCAUCGUGGAUCCCUUUGAUUACCAACUAAUGGAGAGGGAGACUCGUGUUCUUGCUAAUAUCCGACGUAAAAGAUGGCUGAAUUUGCGCUUCGAAUUCGUUCGCGCUUCAUCUACUGCUCUAUGGUUUUCACCAUUUCCGCAAGAGAUUCGGUGGCGCCUCUCUGACCUCGAGUCAUCGUUUCGGAUGCGAAGUAUGAUGGAGCCGAAUCCCUGGUUCUCGAAGCACCUGUCGGCAAGUGAGGAGCGUGAUGGUUUUAUCCGGAAGCUCUCCACCCUUGAAGACGGCAAAAGGCUACUUCAAAAAUUGAGUACAGUCAUCAGUGAUGAACAGCUGUGUGUUCUCCUCCAACAGACGGAAGGGAAGAAUGUGACAUCAAAGUAUCCCCUUGUCGAUGAAGAUCCUAGCAGACCUCCAUUGAUGAGGAGUCUCUCCGCUGUGCAGUGUGGGGUACUGUCUGCGUUGGCAUUUGACCAGACAGGCGUUCUUCGACAGAGGAUACGCAAGGGAUCCCUGGUGGGCUAUAAGGACUUGAAGGGUGAUUUCGUUGCUGACGAUGAUUGGAAAAUGAUUAAACAGGGGGACUCCGAUAAGUCCUGUGACAAAUUAGAUUCCAAUUCAAGCACCGAACUAUCGAAGGCCUCCAAUGAUUCUGACCAAGCAAAAUCGGAAAUUGAUGAAUUUUCUGUGAAUAGUUCUGUUACUACGGACGAUUAUGCAAAAACGCAUGAGAAGUUGGUGAAAGGUGGCGUAAAGGAAAAAACAAGUGGAGAGGGUGUGGGGGAUGACGAAGAAGAGGAAGAGGAGUUGGUGCUCCCAGCUUCACUUUUCUUUGAGGAACCCGCUCCACUGAAGGGUGAAGUAAUGCGAGCCCCAUGCCAACUCAUUUCUCUUAUCCGAAUCGUACCAGGGUGGUUUGCCAUAACGCCAACUUCAUUGCACUUCUUACAGAAUCGCGCUGAGCCAGUCUCGUUCGAGAUUGAUGUUGCUGGCGAUGAUCAAUUCCGUAAAAGCGAGUGCACAAAAGAUUUCUCCAUUGUGCUCAGCAUGAAUGAUAUUCGAGAAGUUCAUCUUUGUCGCUACAAUUUACGACGUUCAGCAAUCGAAAUAUUUCUAAUUGACCUUCAAAACUAUCUCUUCAACUUCCCUGCUAACUAUCGGAACAAGAUCUACACUUGCAUCAUGAGUCACAACAUGCCUCAGUUGAUCUACCGCAAGGGUCGUAGUCCGGCGGAGGUGUUCAAGUUCUCGCGACUUAUGGAGAUUCAGAGGGCUAAACAUCCUCUAUUAUUCAGCAUUAAUAGUGAAAUAAUGCUGAACACGCAGAACAGUCUCUUGGAUAAAAAGGAAUUGACUCUGGACAUAACUCUUACUGUCUGGACAAGGCCUAGCUCCAAACGCCAGGCCCCCUUCCCCUUGCACCUCGAUUGGCUCUCCCGCGCCUUACCACGUUGGGCUAAUCGCGAGAUCUCGAAUUUCGAGUAUUUGAUGCGCCUCAAUACAAUUGCUGGUCGAACUUACAACGAUCUGAGUCAAUACCCGGUGCUACCCUGGAUUUUGGCAGACUACACUUCGAAGCAGUUGGACUUUAAUGAACCUGCUACAUUUCGAGAUCUCUCUCGACCCAUUGGCAUUGUCAACCCUAACAAUAUUACCACCGUUCGCGAAAAGUAUGAGUCGUUCGAGGAUCCCAGCGGUGAGAUAUCCAAGUUCCACUACGGUACACACUAUUCCAGUGCAGCAGGAGUCAUGCACUACCUCGUUCGAAUCGAGCCUUUCACCAGCCUUCACAUCCAUCUUCAAGGCCAACGGUUCGAUAUAGCGGAUCGCCAAUUCAACUCAAUACCUACGGCUUGGUCGUUGAUAAUGUCCAGCCCCUAUGACAACCGUGAACUCAUCCCCGAAUUCUUCUACUUCCCCGACUUUUUGCGGAACGACAACGGCUUUGACCUGGGUCGUCCACAACUGAGUGGCGAAAAGGUGAAUGAUGUGGAACUUCCCCCAUGGGCAUCGACACCUGAAGAGUUCAUUCGCAUUCACCGAGGGGCCCUUGAAUCCGACCAUGUUUCUGCCAACCUCCACAAAUGGAUUGAUCUCAUCUUUGGCUAUAAGCAACGAGGCAAAGCAGCCGAGAAUGCUCUCAAUGUUUAUUACUACCUGACCUACGAGGGGGCUGUUGAUUUGGAUGACGUCACCGAUCCAGUUGAACGCGCCUCUAUCGAGGGGAUGAUAAAAAACUUUGGACAAACACCCUGUCAACUUCUUAAGGUCCCACACAUGGCGCGCAUUAGCUACCCAGAAUGGGUAUACAAGAUGCUUGUGCAACGCCAAUUGCCUAUUCUCAAUGCCGCAAUAAUCUACAUGAAGACGAAUAUGGAGUUUAGCUCACGAGGGACCUCGCCGGAGCGUGACGCUGACACCCGAUCCCAGCAGAAGCUCUCCGUGCGUCUGGCCCGUCAGCGCACGCGAUCCACCCUGAUCAGUGAUGAGCAGCCACCGAUUGAAUUGAAUCAGGCUACACCAAAACACCUAGGAUAUGUGCACUCACCGGUGUUCAGCGCCGUAAAACCGCAUCAAGUGGUAGAGCUGCCGGACCUGCGCAUUGCCACUCCAGUGGAGGCCGCGGACGUCCUCAGCCAGAAGCGCGCCUCCUUACACGACGAACUCCUCCUGAAUAACUCGACGCGCUCCCGCUUCGUCUCUGGUCUUAAGUCAAUAAUUCCCUCGCCUUCAGUCGCUGGCACCAUCGGUGCUUCGGUGGGGAACAUUAGCGUCAAUUUGACAUCGACGACUAGUAGCCACCUUACGCACCAAGUAGUGACUGUUGACUCGGCGGGAUGGGUUCGAAAACACCUCCUUACCCCGCUGGUGCAAAAUGAACCUGGCGCCCUCUCGGAGAGCGAACUGCUCCAACAGAUACAAGGCCUUAAGAAAAGUCCUUUCCGAACUGAGGGAGAGGAGACCAUCAUCGUGUCCCAAAGGAAAGGUGUCACCACCGACCCGGAGCCCAUAAGCCCAGCCCACAUUGAUCAGGAGUGUCUGCAACUUUCACCCAUCAGGUACCGCAUUAUUGGCAAAAUUUAG